AAGAAAGGGGCGUUUUGCUUUUCAUACCUUAAUCUGUUGUCUGUUGUGUUGUGACGAAUGGAUGAAUUUUGGAUGAUAUUGUGAAUUUAUUUAUUCAGUAGUCGUCUUAUCAUUUCUUCAACGACUUGAAUUGAUUGCCAGCAGCUCAAGAUCAUACGCCGGAAUUUUUUGACUUCGCUGUUUGUUUCCAUUGUGCAUUGACUUUUUAAGCAAAGGAUGUAAAGACUCUUGUCAUCCUUUCGGCUGCUGAAUUAAGUGACGGAGCGGUUCCAAAAUGAGUUGUCACACCAAAGUCGUUUGCACCGCUGUGGGCCUCCUGACCUUCGUACUUCUAGUCCAGUGUAGUGAAUUCAAAGCUCGACCAUGCUUCUCUGCAGUACUCGAUCAAUGUGUUGUUGGAGAAACUUGUGAAAUACAACACCCUGCUAAUUCAACCGAAGGUGGCUCUCCAAAUGGAUUAUGUGUCUGUCUUAAGAACCACAAGAGAAAUAAGGAUGGUUACUGCAUCCCUCUAAAACCUCAUCCUCAGCUACCUACACCCGCUCAAGUCAACUCCGACACCAAGUCGUCGUCUUCUUCGGCUGGGAUUACAGCUGGAAUUCUUGUUCCUCUUCUCUUUGUUGGGUUAGCAGUGCUGGUUGUUUUAGGUCGCCGUAAUGGAUGGCUUGAUCGCUUGAGACAGCCAAGAAUCCGGCACUACGAUACGGCUCUUGUUGGUGGUGACUUAGAUGAUGAUCCUCCGAUUGCAUAAAAUAUCUUUGACUCGUGUCAAUCUAUGUGUGGUAUCAUGCAUAUUUCAUAGGGUUCAUGAAGUCAAAUCUAUAUUAUUGAGUGAUAUAAAGCCUAAAUACACUGAAAUACUUUGAGAUCUUAUCACCAUGAUCUUCUCUAGUCCAGGAUUUACUCUGGACCUAUGAUAGUCAUUUCACUGUUCAAGUUUUAAACUUGCAUGUCUUCAGUGAUUUUAAGGCAUUUAAAUACCAACCUGUGACAGAUGGCAACCCCGUUUGUCAUUAAAGAUAUCUUUUAUUAUUGUUUUCUGACAUACUCCUGACAAGUGCAUAGUUAUUGAAGAAAGCAUAGUGUGAUAAUCAUUGUGUAGUAUAAAAUUUAUGUGGUCUCCCAAAUCUGAAUCUUUACACAUUGUACAGUAACAAAGUGUAGGUCUUCCCCAGAUUGUUAUUGUUUGUACAUUUCAUGCAUGAAGAUAGAUGCAACUACUUUAAUACUCCCAGUUUCUUGGGUUUUGUAACUGUAGUUAGCAGGGUAUAACCUUAAGUGUACAUAAAAUUUCCUUAGUUCAUUCGACACUGUUUUGUAUGGCCUUCAGAUUUCUCCCUAUAAUAAACUCUAAAGGUUUUGAUCGAUGAACCAUCCACUAGAUUGGGACGAAUCGUGAUUUGUGUAAAGUUUCCUGAUUUCCAUUGUUCUGUUCAUGCGUAGAUUGAUUGUACAUAUUGAUAAUUAUUUAUAUAUGAAGAUAAAUCUUUCCUAGUCAAAUAGUAUUUGCACUAUCUGCUUUUGCAUGUCAGAAAAUAUUUACAGAUGGUGGUAUUAUGUUCUUAUUUGUGAUCUUGGAAUAUAUUUGCAAACAAAAAUAAUUCCUUUGAGGUACUUGGAGUAAACUUGAAGUAAUUGUUGUUGUUGCGCUGGUGUUUUAACCUCCUACUACAAGUGAUUUUAAUUUUGUUAGGUUGUGUUUAUGUUAGCUAUGAAUUACAUAAUGGGGUUGUUCUUUUUUUUUCUUUUUUUUUUUUUUUUAGACAACUGUUGUGAGAAUUGUAUUCCAAAGCAAUGUUGGUCAAGUAUCCCUCAAUGGCAUAAGAGUCAAAACUUGAGGGUCCAGCAGCUGGAGGGGCUAUGGGCUGUGCUGUUGUCAUUCCAUAUUGUUUUCAAAUUUGAAAUGUUUGCUAACUUGCCCCUAAUCUGGGAAUGUUUAGUUCCAACUUGUCAGAAUAACAUUGGCAUUUCAUGAGGGGGUUUUGUGUAGUUCCUUGGUCACCAUCUAGAGGUACAGUUGUUGUACAUCUUGUAGUCGUACUGUUUUAGUGUCAGUGCCGCAUUUCACACGCUUGUCAUUCUGUUACACAAGCUAAUGGCACAAAUUAAGACAUGAAUCUUUGAGUAUUGUCAUGUACAACCGACUGAAUAAUUUGUUAAUGUUACUAUUAAAUGGCUUGUAUGUUUGAGGGUUUUUUGUUUGUGAACUGAUCUCAAAGAAGGUGGAGAAAAUGAAGAUGGUGAGGGUAUAUGUCGUCUCUUUGAGAAGUUAGAAAUUUGAACUAAAGGUUGUUGUUAGACUUUUAAUGUAAUUACGCAUAAUUAGAGGGUCAUCUUUCUCACACACAAAUUUUCAGAUUGUGGCUCGUCUUGGGUGAUAAUUGUGGUUUUGCUAAUCUCUUGACAUGCUCGCUUUUUUUAGGAAUUCUGUUUGUCUUGCCCAUUUAAUUCAUUGAUUAUCAUCUGCAUAUCAGUAAAUGUUACCUGCUCCUGUGCUAGCAACUUUUAAGUGGCUCUGGUGUAGAGAGAAUGAAACUCAAUUUGACUUGUGCUUGUUAUUUCGGAGGGAUUACUAUUAGUACCAUUAUGACGUUUGCUUUAUUCCUGACCUGUGUCAUAUUUGAUAUUUCUACAAGAAAAAUAUUAUGUAUUGUGAAUUUUAUGUAUUUUUAACUGCAUGCACGAUAUUAUGCAUGGAUAAAAUUUAGACCUAAAGUGCUUAUGAAGGACCUGCAACUUGAACCAUGCUCUGUGGCUAUUCAUGUUUUUUAUAAAACUUUACAGUCUCAUUUAUUAUUGUUACAUAAUUUGAAACUUUUUUCUUUUUUUUGUAAAUUUUAAAUAAAGGCAAAUUUAACUGGAA